UGUUGUUGGUAUACUUUAAAUUGUUUGCUGAUUGGCGGAUGGAUACGUGUAGUAGUUGGACAGAAAAAAACAAUACAUCUACAUUAGCUUAAAAUUACAGAGGGAGAGAAAGAGAGAGAAGGAGAUAAAACAAAUCUUAUAUAAGAAAAACGAAGAUAUCUAAAGAGUUUUAAAGGGAGGUUGAAACAACAUUUUCCGACGAGCUGUGUGAAACAUUUGCAGCUGCAGUAGGUUCCGCAAUGAAGUGCGGGUCUAAAUAACACGAGCAAUAGUCUAAUAAAUCUAAACUGAACUCUGUCUUGUUUUAGGAGUUGGAAGAUUUAAAUCACAACUGGGAUUUAGUUUUCAAGAGCAAAGGAGUUUUUUUGUUUUUUUUUUGCUGCUUUGUGGCUAUCUAACUGUGGGCGUACCUUCCUCUUUACAGCUGACCCCAAUGGUAGUAAAUCAGCUUUGACAGAAACGUUUGAAGAUAACUCAGAAAUUAUUUUGCCUAACUGAGGUGCUGUUAACUAUCCUAUAUUACGCUGAAAACAAACAGACUCGAACUUCGCAGAAAGAUCAGCACAUAGGAGGUAUGACGAAUCAAAGCAGGAUCCUCAUAAAAGGAGGAAAAGUUGUAAAUGAAGACUGCUCAGAAAUUAGCGAUGUAUAUAUUGAAGAUGGAGUUAUACAGGCCGUUGGACCAAAUCUGCAGAUGACAGAAGGAGUUCAAGUCAUCGAUGCCACUGAGAAACUGGUCCUUCCAGGAGGGAUAGAUACACACACACACAUGGAGUUGGCAUUUAUGGGCACCAAAGCUGUAGAUGAUUUCCACAUUGGCACCAAGGCUGCUCUGGCUGGAGGCACCACCAUGAUCUUGGACUUUGUGAUCCCACAGAAGGGAGGCUCCCUGUUAGAGGCCUAUGAGAAGUGGAGGAACACAGCUGACCCAAAAGUCUGCUGUGACUACUCCCUGCAUGUAGCAGUCACCUGGUGGGAUGACUCUGUUAAGAAAGAGAUGGAGGCUCUUGUUCGGGAAAAAGGCGUCAACUCUUUUAAGAUGUUUAUGGCGUACAAAGAUGUCUUCAUGCUCCAGGAUCAUCAGCUAUAUGCUGCAUUCUCUCAGUGCAAAGAGCUUGGAGCCAUAGCUCAAGUGCAUGCAGAGAAUGGAGACCUUAUUGCAGAAGGUGCCAAACGGAUGCUUUCUUUAGGUAUCACAGGACCCGAGGGCCACGAGCUUUGUCGACCUGAGGAGGUGGAAGCGGAGGCUACUCAACGUGCCAUUACCAUCGCCAACGCUGUCAACUGUCCCCUUUACGUUGUGCAUGUCAUGAGCAAGUCCGCCGCUAAGGUCGUGGCCGGCGCUCGCAGAAAUGGUCGCGUGGUCUUUGGAGAGCCUAUUGCGGCAGGGCUUGGCACAGAUGGCACCCACUACUGGCAUAAGGAUUGGGUUCAUGCCGCAGGCUUUGUCAUGGGGCCUCCGCUAAGGCCAGACCCUACCACACCUGGAUACCUCAUGGAUCUGCUGGCCAACGAUGAUCUCAGUGUAACAGGCACAGAUAACUGCACUUUCUCAGUGUGUCAGAAAGCAUUGGGAAAAGAUGACUUUACGAAAAUACCAAACGGAGUGAAUGGAGUGGAGGACAGGAUGUCAGUCAUUUGGGAGAAAGGAGUGCAUAGUGGAAAAAUGGACGAAAAUCGAUUUGUGGCAGUCACCAGCACCAAUGCAGCAAAAAUUUUCAACCUUUAUCCCCAAAAAGGAAGGAUUGCCAAAGGCUCGGAUGCAGACCUAGUUAUAUGGGACCCUAAAGCCACCAGGACGAUUUCAGCUAAGACGCACCACCAGGCAGUGGAUUAUAACAUCUUUGAAGGCAUGGUAUGCCACGGGGUGCCAGUGGUGACUAUCUCGAGGGGAAAAGUAGUGUACAAGGAUGGGAAGCUGUUGGCUGCUCCUGGGGAGGGCAGGUUCAUUCCUCGAAAGCCCUUCUCAGAGUUUGUGUACAAAAGAGUGCAUCAGAGGGACAAGGUAGGGAAACCCUGUGCAGUGAGUAGGAGACCUUAUGAAGGAGAGGUCAUAUCCUUAUCACCAAAUGGAACUCAAUAAAAAGGAAACAGAAAGUCAUACUUGACAACUGAAAGGACUUCACAUCUUCAAUGAAAUUCUAAGGAAAACUAUAAAGAGAAGUAAAACUGUGACAGUGUAAACCAUACAUGAUGUUUUAAAAAAAAACAUGUAAACAGAACUGUGUGCAGACCACAACAGAGGGAGAUAGAUAUGAGAUGGAUAGAGGCUGAACAAAAAUUGAUCUUCUUGGAGAUGUUCCUGUAGUAUAAUCUUCUCACUAUCAUUACCCUGAGAUCCUCCACACUAUGUACCUAUGCAGAUUUUAUGACGCAGGAAUUUCUUAACAAAUAUUUCAUUUUUAAAAUAUUAGAAAGGUUAAAAAAAAAAAAAGCAAAAAUGGAUUUAUCCAAAUACCAAAGUUAUCCAUUACACUGCAGAGAAAGAGGCUGUCUGUAAUUAUGUGAACUACCAAGAAACAAAACAUGGCCAUGAUGAUGAUGAUGAUGAUGUGUCUGCAUAUGUAUAUCUUAUUGAAAAAAAAAGUAAUUAACAGAAAUUAGCAGUAUUAUAAGCUUUAUUUUUCUAGUAGCAAUGAAAGAUUUUUGCCAAUGAAUUUCAUACAUAUUGAAAUAUAGUUUUAUGCAAAUGUUCAUGCAUGGUGCGACAUUUACAUUUACACUGUGUUCUUGGUAAAUCAAAUACAUGUUGAGUAUGGUCUUAGUAAAAAUAUUUUGGUAAUAAAAAUGAUGUGCAAAAUU